CGCUUCCACCAUCCACGUCGGCAUAUUUCAUGUUCUGCCUUGCCAGCAUCUCCUUCUUCUCUCUGUAGUAUUUCUGGUCUUGACUGGCCACCUUUUACCGUCCUUCACCCUCCCAACACCCGCAUUUCACGCGCGUGCUGCGGUCUUCCUAUAUUCCGGCCUCGCUUCGCCUUUGUUUGCAGCGCAGACCGACCGCAGUGAUAUUAUUUCCGAAAUAGAAUCUAUCAUGGCCAAUAAGCCCGUCAACGCGGAUAAAUCUACUCAGGGGACCCUUCAAAGGGGGAAGGCCUGCUUAAGGUGCAGGAAGCGUAAGAUGAGAUGUGAUGGUAGUAAGCCAGCCUGUCAGCAAUGCAUUCGAGCGAAGAGACCUGAAUGUUGCGAAUACGACGAUGGAAAGGGAAAGACAAGGACCCAAAUUCUCCGGGAAACCAUAACUCGGCUUGAGCAGCGUGUUAGGGAAUUGGAAGAUCCUGAAUAUAUAUUACCGGCAGUCCAGCUCUACGAUCCCCGUAUCCAACCAUCAGAUUCGAUUUCCUCGUCAUCAUCGUAUGGAUCGCCUGUCAGUUCAACGAUUUCCGCCCACUCUCCUUACACGCCUGAUACGACCAAUUCCCCUCCAGAGACAUGGGCCCACCUCCCACCGGUGCCUUCGCCGUCACCGUCGAGUUUUGUUACCGACAUGUUUUUCGAAGAUCCGCAACCUUACCAAGCGCCCUUCGAACUGGGUCCUCUUUUGUUGGAUAUCUUUUUACCUCAUCGACACCAGUGCGGUUUGGAAAUCCACAUGGGUCACUUGCAGGAAAGCUUACGGUUACCGUCGUCCGAGCAGCGACACCCAGCGCUCAUGAACGCUAUCUACCUUUGGGCAUGUUUUAUCUCGCGGCCUAAACCUCUAUGCCAACACGAAGAUUCUUUCCUCGCCCAAGCUUUGGACGCAAUCCGUGACGGUUUACGGACGGGCGAUAAGGUACUUGAUGUCAUUCAAGCUUCCUGCCUUCUGUCCAUGUACUUCUUAGUGAAUGGACGCCUGUUGGAAGGCAGUUAUCAUGCUAGCGCCGCCACUUCAUUAGCAGUGCAGUGCGGAUUGCAAGCUGGCAUCUCGAAUGAUGGAUGCUAUAGCCCAUCUUCAUCGAGAGAGAAGCUCGUUGAAACACCGAAAAGCGGCUACAAGGAGGGCGAACGGAUCUUGGCGUUCUGGCAAGUCUACAACCUGGACAAGUGUUGGUCAGUGGCGCUUCGCAAACCGUCUGUUUUGAUCGAUGGGCAUGAUUAUUGGACCUCUAUCAACUGUCCCUGGCCUCAGGAUAUCACUGAAUACGAGUCGGGCACUGCUACUCCCAUAUCGUUCCAGACGGUUCAGAACUUCCUCCAAGGCAAUAUGUCGGGCAGCUUCUCAUUGCAAGCGUUACGAGCGAAAGCAUCAGCUCUCUAUUCACAUGCUGAUCAGCUGGCUUUACGUUGGAAUACGAGAAUCAAACCUUCUGGUGGUUACCCUGACGAAAUCCAAGCCCUAGAGCUGACGAUCACUCGGUUCCUGGCUACACUUGUGCCGAUACAGCAACUGAACGCUACGAUGGGAGAUGAAAAGCAGACGUUGAUUGUUGUACACACACUUGUACAAGCCUCUUUGAUACAUCUGUAUCAGCGAUUUGCUCAAGAUGACGCUGUUGCGUACGAGAAAUGCUCUCAAGCCGCCAAGACCUGUGUUGAGAUUGUAAGCUAUAUUGCUGAACAGGAUUACGACCUAUUGGAUCCGAUAAUGGGGCCAUGUUGGACGACUGUCGCAGAGUUCUCGAUACGUGAAUUAGUCACUCUCGAUUCUUCGUGGCCACUUGGAAGCAACGAACUUCGGAACAACAUUGGGACAAUUGUCUACGCUAUGACCACCCUCAAUAAUCGUUUCCCUGUCAUAGGUCAGUCGUGGGUCUCGUUUCUCCCCCAAUCCUUCCGUCUCAUCCGUUGUGUUCAGGCAUCUCGGCAGCGAAGAUUCGGAAACGAAUGGCUGAACUCUAGUUAACCCGUGUUUCAUCGAUCCAAGUUUCAGCAUCAGCACUUCGCUACCUUUCCUUCCCUCAGCUGGC